GCCUACACUUCCUUCUCCGCCCCGUUACCCUGGAGGCGGCUGUAAAUAAUGUCCUCCGACGCGGCGCCGGCUGCAGUGGCCAGAUCGAGGAGCCUUUAAGCCGUUGGUCUGGCGCGAGGGAGGUCAGUUAGUCGGGCCCCAGUCUGACAUUGGACGCUGAUGCAGCAGCAGCAGCUGCUGCUGCUCCUGAGGCUCCUCUCCCUUCUGCUGCUGGGUUGAUGGCCAGAGGGGAGUCACCCUGCAGCCUCCUCUCUAUCCUGGGGCUUCUCCUGCUCCUCCUUGUUGGUGGUGUGGCUCCAUGCAGUUUAAGAAAGCAGCAUAAAAAAAGAGGAAACAGGAAGAUUAUGUUUGUUCCCUGCCACUUGUCAAAAUUGUUUUUUCACUCUUAACGUGGAAGAUAGAAACAAACAUUAUGAGCAACAGCUGCAAAUUGCCAAAGCGAAAACCAGCAAUUCUUCUUCAGAAUAUAGGUGAAUGAUGAAAUGUUCAGCAGUCAGCAGUUCUCUAGCAGUAACUGCACAAGCCACCCCCUGAAAAAAAAAUGAAUAUUCUUUGAGGAAAAGGCCUUGAGCAUUAUUUUUAUUUACAAUGGGGGAGAGAGGAAAAAGUCCAGAUGCUGAACACGACCAGAAAUCAGACAGCGAUAAAAGCAGUAAUUCGUAUUAUUCUGAUGAUGAUUCAUCUUGUGCCUCUGAUCACUCGCCAGCCGUUAGCACCCAGUCUGCAAACACUGGAAGAAAAAAUAAUAAAGCAGAAAACUUGAAAAGCCUUGCACAUUACCAAGCUACCAAACAGAUUGCCUCUAAAUAUGCACCCAGCAAAAGAGGGAAUCGCUGGGGUUUUCGUUCCCAGAGCCUGAACAGGGACUCUCCCGCCAAAGAUAUUGGUCUUGUUACCAAACGCGUGCUUUCUGCCAGGUUACUGAAAAUUAACGAGCUUCGAAAUGAAUUGACGGAACUGCAUGUCAAACUCGAUGAGCUGCAGAAAGAAAAUAGGGCACUCAGACGGCUUCAGUACAGACAUGAGAAAGCUCUCCAUAAGUUUGAAGACACAGAGAACGAAAUCUCUCAGCUCCUGGCCCGGCAUAAUGAUGAGAUGAGAAUACUGCGGGAGCGCUUAAGGAAAUCACAAGAAAGGGAGCAGGCAACCGAGAGGAAACUGAGGACUACAGAGGAAGAGCUAUACAAGGUCAAAGGUAGCUUACAAAAACUGAGGAGGCUUGCAGAAGACCGGCAUCUCCCAGAACGGGAUGAGCUGUCAAAGAAGUUAGCUUUAGCAGAAAACAGACUAGAUGACAAUGAAAAGAGAAUUAAGGACCUGGAGAAGAACCUUGACCUUAGUAACAGUAGUUUCCAGAGACAAUUACAUUCUGAGAAAAAGAAAUUAUAUGACACUCAGGAAGAAAAUAAAGUUCUUCAAGAGGAAGUCCAACGGCUAAAUCAGAAAUUAAAGGAGAAGGAGAAAGAACUUGAUGCAAAAAAUAUAUAUGCCAACCGACUGUUAAAGUCUUCACCCAAAAAAGAUGCUGAUACCACACCAAAUAAAAAAGUUGUUAAGAAGAACAAUAAAAGAGAAGUACGGGUAACAAAGGGAGUGCAAACUAGUGGCUACUUCUCCCCAGUAGAUUUUCCUUUGCCCCCAGACUUCAUUACUGAUGAAAUACCAGAGGAAAAGGAAGAUGAUACACAUCUUAAAAUGGAACAGACAAUUAAAAAAGAUUGGAAUGAACAAGCAGAAGAUUUUCAGCAAGAAUGGAUCAAAGAAAGAGAGGAGAGACACAAAAGUGAUCAAGAACUACAGGCUUUAGAAGAAAGAGCCAAGAAACUGAGAGAUGAAUGGGAAAAAGAAGAAUCAGAGAGAAAGAAGAAAGAAAUCAACCUUGAUCUGGAAAAAGAAGAAAAGGCAAAGAUGGAAACAGAAAUAUUUAAUCUAGAAAAUGGAACACGGAGUAGUGAAAGAGCAGAAGAGGAAAGACGAAAGGAAAUUCUGCUUGCUAAGAUGUAUGAAAUUGACCGAGAAACCCAAACCAAUAUGAAGGUCACUUCUAAAGAAUACACCACAAAUCCAAUAGCUAUAUCUUCCUCCUUGGAAAAAAAUAAGAAACCAUACCAAUUUUCUGAGACAACAGAGAAAUUAUUCAAUGGUUUUCCAGAAUAUGACCACCAUAGUAUGGUUACAAAAGGAGAAAGCCAGAGACAGCAGAAUGCAGAAACCAGAUACAGUGAUUUGGCAUUUGGUAGCUACGUACCUUCUUUUGGGAAAGUGUCAGGGAGACCAAGUUCACUUAAUCUGAAAAGUGACUUCCUAGAUGAACUCCCCAAAGAAAAUUUAGGCCUUGAUAUGAAGAAGGAAAGAAAGUCUAAUUUAAUGGAGCAGCUCUUUGGAAACAGUGCCAAUAUGAUCGUUUCACCGAAGAAAAAUGAUCUAGAACCUUUCUGGCAAAACAGUGGCACAGACAGGGCAAAAGCAAAAGAUGAUUGUGAUUUUUUUUUCUUUGUUGAAGGAAAGAGCUUUAAUCCCAAAAGACACCAACAUCAGCAUGCAGCAAGUAGACCAGCAGUUAUGGCUAUUGAUGAUUUAGAAGAUGAAAUUGAGGAGUUACUGUUGCAAUGAUUACAAUCUGUGAAACUCCAGAUGUUUAAAGAGUCUGUGUAUUUAAUAUGCUAUUUAUAGUUUUACAAGCCUUUCAGAUGUUAUAAGCAUGAAAUGACUGACAUAUGUGCAGGAGGCUUAGAAUAGGUAACCUAAAGAGUGGAGUUCUUUAUCUGGUGUCCUAAGCGAUUAAAAGUGCUGACAGUUACAGGUAUAACAAGGUUUGCAGUUAUGUUUCUCCAUAACUUCAUUCUGUAAAUGGAACUGUUUCCUCCUCUACUUUGAAGCAAUAUUUUUCUCUACAUAUAUUUUUCAUCAGUCACUUUGAUAGGAAUUGGAGUUCUUCAAUAGGACACCAUUACUGUUUUAUUUUACCACAAAAGGAAAUACCCAAAUAUCCUUUGGCAGGGUGAGAUUCUCCAGCACUGUUCUUGAAAUGGUUUCUUGUGUGACCCUCUGAAAGCUGUUGGACUGUAGCUCCUAUCAACCCUAGUCAGCACAGACCAUGGGGAGAGAUUAUAGAAGCUGGAGUUCAGAGAUGUUUGGAGGGCCACAAAUUAUUCACCCUUUUCAUGACAAAACAUCUUAAUGAUGCUUUGAGACCAAGUCCUCUGUCCCCUUCACUAGCAGGGUAGGGUACCAGGGUGCCUUUGUGUGCAAAUAGAAACAUGACUGCAGGGGGGAGGGGGACUGGCCGCCUUCUUUUUAUCAGUAUGUUGAUCUAUUUUUGCAUAGUAAUCCUAAUUUCUUUCUUGGGAAAAUCAGUACAGCAGCAAUUUCAGUUGUUAGUAGACAUAGAUAUGAACACUCCUCUUGGCAAAAGAAAUACAAAACUGUAUACAGGAAACAGAAUUCUGUAUGUAGGGAGGGUCUGGAUCAUUUCAUAAUCUGUUAUCUGUUGGAAUGUUUUUCGUGUCCAUUUUAAAUCUUCAGGUCAGAAGCUUUAAGCUUUUGCAGAUGUAGGCCAAAAAUACCAUCUUGCAAAUAACUGAUAGUAAUAUUUAGCAAGUGUCUUGGUACAGAAACCUAGCCUAAACCAGAGCUUCUUGACCCAAAAGACGUCCUUGCACAUCUGAUGCAAAUAUAAAGAGUUAACAUGAUGUCUUGUAAGAUAAAGCAAAGGAUUUUAUGAUUGAGAAGAAAAUAGCAUUUCUUUAAAAAGAAUUAUUUUAGGAUAAUUGUUAUAGUGACUGUAGUCUGUUACCACCUGUACUGAUUCAAAAAUAUAUUUAUUAUGUAAUGUUAAUUUGUUUUUAUAACUUUAUAUUUUGUGUAAAUGUUCUAUCUGGAACAGUGCUUGUGGUUUUUUUUUAACAAAAUGAUUUCUAUUACAAUAUUUCUGUGAUUGGCUUGUGUUUAAUAUAUUUGAUUCAUGUGUUUGUACCAUCCUUGUGAUUCACUAAGAUGUCUUACCCACUUGAUUCGAAGGGCUUAGCAUGAGGUUACAUGAUAACUUGACCUCAUAGCCAUCCCAUGAGAUUAGGCUUAAACUCUGAACACUCUUAUCUGCUAUAUGGGGGGGCCUCCUGUAUGUUUCUGUCUCUGACAACUUUGAUUCUGCUCACAAGGCCAUGCUUCUCUCCAGUCAUGUGUCCUUUGCCACAAGUAUAAGAUAUCACCAAGGAGGGGACAGAUGGAGCCAUGCCAUUGUCCACCAUACCCUAGCUCUCAACAAAUGUUGACCACUGAAGCAGAUUUCCACAGUUUUUCUUCUUUUUUUAAUGACACAUUUUUUUGGGGGGGAGGGGAGUCAUUUGAAGAUAAAAGCUGCCAAAGAGCUUUGAACAUAGUUAUGAACUUCAUUUUUUGUCAAACCAAAUACAUAGCCUCCCAUUUAAAUUAUUUCUUUAAAACAGUAAUAUGAUUUGGUACAUCAUAUCACAUCUGUGCAGAAACAAUCAUCCCCUUAGUAUUAUGGUCAGUUGAUUACUGGCACGUUGCUAGGAUGCACACACUAGAUGUGAUUAACAGUACAUGCAGUUUGUAUAAGAGAGCUAUUGCAAUUUGUAGUGUGUCAGUGUAGGUCAUAUGUGAACAUUUGCUUUAAAAGACACAAAUUUUCUCUGGGUUAUUUUUUAAAACAUACCUAUUUUUGUAUCUUAUUUUAUUCCAGUUGUUAGUAGACAAUCUGAAGUUCCUUGCCCAUUAAACUCCAAGCUAUACUUAGACACUUCAUUAGGUCUUGUAUCUUUCCCAACUUAAUUAAAGAGAAAG